AUCCUUGACAUGAUGCCUCGAGUUGGUGUGAAACUUGACUCUGACUUACUGAUAGUCAUGGCACAUAUAUAUGAGAGAAAUGGACGAAGAGAAGAGCUUAGGAAACUCCAACGGUACAUAAAUGAUGCACACAACCUAAGUGAUGUUCAAUUGCGGCAGUUCUAUAAUUGUUUGCUUACAUCCCAUUUGAAAUUGGGUGAUCUUGGUUCUGCGUCAAACAUGGUUUUAGAAAUGCUUUGGAAAGCAAAAGUAGCUAGGUCCUCUUUUGCUGCUGCAUCGAUAGUAAUUGAUGCUGUUGGAAAUGAAGGUAAAUCUUCUUGUGCUCUUGGUUCCAGGUUGACUUCGAGCCAUGAAGAAUUUAGAGGUUUGGAAUAUGAUAGACCAAUUAAAAUCUCCGUGGUAUCUUAUGAGGAGUAUUUAAGAGAUCGGAAUUUUGUGAAACUCGAUACUGAAGCAAAGGAGGUGCUGAAUACCAUGUUAGCUAAGCUGCAAACUCAAGUUGAACUGUUAACAUCUGAACGAGGUAUCAUCCAACCAACUGAGGAAAUUUUGGUGAAAUUAGUCAAGGCAUUUCUAGAAGCAGGAAAGAUUAAAGAUUUGGCAGAGUUUCUCAUCAAGUUAGAGAGAGAAGAUUCGCCAGUUUCCAAUGAUGAUUCAAUGAUAGUUCAUGUCAUAAAUUCAUGCAUAUCGCUUGGUUGGUUAGACCAAGCACAUGACCUUUUAGAUGAGAUGGUAUUGGCUAGUGUCAACAUUGCUUCUUCUGUAUAUUCUUCUCUCUUAAAAGCAUAUUGUCAAGCAAACCGAGUAGGAGACGUCGCAGCACUUCUUCGCGAUGCUCGUAGGGCAGGAAUCCAACUAGAUUCUAGCUCUUAUCAGGCAUUGCUUCAGUCCAAGGUGAUGCAAGAAGAUACACAAGGAGCCCUCCAUCUAUUCAAAGAGAUGAAAGUAGCAAAGAUAUCGAAAACUGGUCAUCAAGAAUUCGAGAAGUUGGUCAAGGGAUGUGAAGAGGGAAAUGAAGCCAAGUUAAUGGGAAAACUUUUGCACGAAAUCAAGGAAGGGCAAAGAGUGGAUUCUGGAGUUCAUGAUUGGAACAAUGUAAUCCACUUUUUCUCUAAGGAAAGAUUGAUGCAAGAUGCCGAGAAAGCUCUGAAGAAAAUGAGGAGUCUUGGUCAUACACCAAAUGCUCAGACAUUCCAUUCCAUGGUAACUGCAUAUACAACUAUUGGGGGAAACUAUAUAGAAGUGACAGAACUGUGGGGGGAGAUGAAAUCUCUUGCUUCUGCAACCCCAAUGAAGUUUGAUCAGGAACUCUUGGAUUCUGUGCUUUACACAUUUGUGAGGGGUGGGUUUUUCAGUCGAGCAAAUGAAGUAGUGGAGAUGAUGGAGAGAGGUAAAAUGUUUGUGGACAAGUACAAAUACCGGACUCUCUUCUUGAAGUACCACAAAACACUUUACAGGGGCAAAACUCCCAAAUUCCAAACUGAAGGCCAACACAGAAAGAGGGAGGAAGCAUUAAUUUUUAAGAGGUGGGUGGGAUUGAAUUGAUAAUAUUUUGGCACCCUACCCUUAUUUGCUCUUGUCCAAUGCGACUUCAUGCAAUAGAAAGAUGUUUUGGUCCGUCCAGAAAAUGGCUGUAAAGAUUGAUUACUUCUUGGAAGAUAUUAAAUGAAAUGACCAAAUUAGAGUCGUUUAUACUCUUACCCUAUGGCUAAGCUUUUGGCUGAAGUUGAGCAAGAGGAAUGGCUGCUCU